AUGGCGAACCCGUCGCUACGUUUUGGUGCCGUUGUGCUUUUGCUGCUACUCGUAAGCUUGAUCAACGUCGCAGAGGCCGAGAUUCACGUGUACGGCAACAAACGGUUCAGCAAAAUCGCCAACUGUCUGUAUGUUCCCGGUGAUACUGAAGCUCUCUACGCAUCCAAGUCUCAGAACAUCAAUGCUGCUUCUUCCUCUGGUACACAUUCCAAAGGAAUGUCAUUUAUCAGGUUUGAUGACAUUACCUUUGUGAGGACGAAGGAAGCUGCUAACAAACCGAAAUCGAAGCUGGCAAGUGCAGGAUUGGUUGAAACUGUAGUGUUUGAGAUAAAAGACCGGGAGAAAAUUGGUGGGUCUUUGUUCAAAAGUGACGCCAUGUGUUGUACUGCAGAGCUUGCGAAUGCUGGAUCCUGCAAUCUGGGAGAGGUUAUAAUUAGCAGAGAUCCCAGUGAACCUGAGUGGCCUAAACGGAUUCCAACUUUCUUUGAAGAGCACAAGGAAGAAGUGAAGAUGUCUCCUGAAGCUUUGGUGAUCAACAAGACAGGACUAUAUACUGUCUACUUCAUGACUUGUGAUCCGGAUUUGGAUGGCAUUGUAGUCAGAGGAAGAUCAAUCUGGAAGAACCUAGGCGGCUAUUUACCAGGAGAGACAGCUCCUCUAAAGAAGUUUUAUAAAUUCAUGUUCUUAGCUUAUGUGGUGCUUGGCCUGGUUUGGUUUCCACAAGUUGCUCAGUAUUGGAAAGAUGGAAUCCAGCUGCAUAGUCAUAUUAGCUUGGUAAUUGCAUUUUACAUGGCUGAGUUGGUUUUCCUGUACUUUGACUUUGCCUAUCUCGACUCAGCUGGUACAAGUCCUGUGGAGGUUACAUUAUGGGCGGUAACUAUUUCUUCUGUGAGGAAGGCAUUGUCUCGGCUUCUACUAUUGGUGAUAUCUUCAGGGUAUGGGAUAGUGAAGCAUACCCUUGGUGGCGUAACAUUGAGGAUGCUUCUCAUUGGUGUUAUGUGCUUUGUCAUAAGUGAAACUCUCAGUUUGGCUAUGCACUUUGGGAACGUUUCUAAAAAUGUAUUGACUUACCUAAUGCUCUCUUGGUCUACGCUGGAAACUUGCUUUCUCCAAUGGAUUUUCAGGUCCCUGUGGAGAACUCUUAAGAAGCUUAAGCUGAAUAAGAGGAACAUUGCUAAGCUGCAGCUCUACAGGAAGUUUGCAACCGUACUUGUAAUCAUGGUGGUGCUCAACUUUGCCUGGAUCUAUGUGAAGCUAUAUGUCUAUGAAUCUCAAAGUGAGCUUUGGAAAGUGGAGUGGAUCAUCCCAGCGUUUUGGUAUCUGCUUGCCUAUGCACUGUUGGUACUCAUCUGCUUCUUUUGGCCUCCAUCCGAAAAGCCAACUAGGUACCUACACGUAGCUGAAAUGGAAGAGGAGUUUGACGAAGAAGAUCUCUCAUUAGCAGAAGCCCGGAUGAUUACUAGCGACGGAGUAAAGAUUGAAGAUGGCAAUGUGGAGAGGGAUGAGAGGAAGAGUCUUCUGGAAGGAUUCAUUCUGUUGUUUGGGAAUCUUCCAGGCGAGAGGUGAAACAAUUUUUUACAUUUUGCUGGCAUCAUCAUCGUCGUCCUUAACCCAAACUGCCUCCUAACCAUUCCUUUUUUAGCUUCGGGUUUAGUGUGUUUGAGGUUUAAAACUCCUUUAGUAUAACUAGGAUCUUUUGCAAGAGACUUGAGAUGCCAGUCCCUAAUAACUUUAGCGGUUAAUGUAAUUGGAUUCAAUGUAUUUAAACUAGAAUCUUAUGUAGCAGACUUGUUUGGUAACUUAAAUAUCAGUUUUAUUGUUAAUUUUGAUUAUCUUAAGAUUAAUA